AUGGAGGGUCUCGAAACGAUGUACGAGGAUCCUAAUGCCGUGGACUUCAUUGACUGUGCUGUAAGUAACGUUGAGAGUAGCCUAGGCACAAGAAGCUACAAACAAGCUAACGACGUGACUAGGCUAGCCAUCUCUCUCACCACCACAUCAUGAAGAAUCUUCUAUUUUUCAGGUCUGCACCAAAUCCAUUAGGGGUGAUACCCUGUAUAAGAUUCACCUGACUACAAUACAACACAUCAGGGUAAGAAGCAAAGUUGCAGUCAAAUAUUUUAACUACUCACAAUUCACAACGAUCUGUUACUAUCUUAUAGCUACUAGAGUAAUAAGGUCAGUACACAUGACGAGUAAAAUUGCUGUUCACAAAAUAAAUCACAAUGAUACGUUUAAAAAUGGUUAUCAACUACAAUCAGGAGGAUGUGCUGAAUAGGGCAAUUCCAUGGUGAUGGAAUUACUUUUUUUUCUCACUUAAAAAAUGUAUGCCAAACAAAAACCAUGGAUUUCAAAGUUUAACAAACCAUACAACUCUAUGUACAAUGACUACUUUGAACAAUUUACACAGUACCUAGUUAAAUAAAAGGUGAAAAUAAAAAAGUAAAACAAAUUACUGGGCUAAAAUAAAAUUACAGUAAAAUCUCAAAUAAAAUCUAAUCUAAUUUUAUUGGCCACAUGCGCCGAAUACAACAGCGAAAUUCUUACUUACAGUCCUUAACCAACAGUGCAUUUAUUUUAAUAAAAAAAGUAAAAUAAAACAACAAAAAAGUGUUGAGAAAAAAAGAGCAGAAGUAAAAUAAAAUAACAGUAGGGAGGCUAUACAGUGGGGAAAAAAAGUAUUUAGUCAGCCACCAAUUGUGCAAGUUCUCCCACUUAAAAAGAUGAGAGAGGCCUGUAAUUUUCAUCAUAGGUACACGUCAGCUAUGACAGACAAAAUGAGAAAAAAAAUUCCAGAAAAUCACAUUGAAGGAUUUUUAAUGAAUUUAUUUGCAAAUUAUGGUGGAAAAUAAGUAUUUGGUCAUCUACAAACAGGCAAGAUUUCUGGCUCUCACAGACCUGUAAAUUCUUCUUUAAGAGGCUCCUCUGUCCUCCACUCGUUACCUGUAUUAAUGGCACCUGUUUGAACUUGUUAUCAGUAUAAAAGACAACUGUCCACAACCUCAAACAGUCACACUCCAAACUCCACAAUGGCCAAGACCAAAGAGCUGUCAAAGGACACCAGAAACAAAAUUGUAGACCUGCACCAGGCUGGGAAGACUGAAUCUGCAAUAGGUAAGCAGCUUUGUUUGAAGAAAUCAACUGUGGGAGCAAUUAUUAGGAGAUGGAAGACAUACAAGACCACUGAUAAUCUCCCUUGAUCUGGGGCUCCACGCAAGAUCUCACCCCGUGGGGUCAAAAUGAUCACAAGAAUGGUGAACAAAAAUCCCAGAACCACACAGGGGGACCUAGUGAAUGACCUGCAGAGAGCUGAGACCAAAGUAACCAAGCCUACCAUCAGUAACACACUACGCCGCCAGGAACUCAAAUCCUGCAGUGCAAGACGUGUCCCCCUGCUUAAGCCAGUACAUGUCCAGGCCUGUCUGAAGUUUGCUAGAGUGCAUUUGGAUGAUCCAGAAGAGGAUUGGGAGAAUGUCAGAUGAAACCAAAAUUUAACUUUUUGGUAAAAACUCAACUCGUCGUGUUUGGAAGACAAAGAAUGCUGAGUUGCAUCCAAAGAACACCAUACCUACUGUGAAGCAUGGGGGUGGAAACAUCAUGCUUUGGGGCUGUUUUUCUACAAAGGGACCAGGACGACUGAUCCGUGUAAAGGAAAGAAUGAAUGGGGCCAUGUAUCGUGAGAUUUUGAGUGAAAACCUCCUUCCAUCAGCAAGGGCAUUGAAGAUGAAACGUGGCUGGGUCUUUCAGCAUGACAAUGAUCCCAAACACACCGCCCGGGCAACGAAGGAGUGGCUUCGUAAGAAGCAUUUCAAGUUCCUGGAGUGGCCUAGCCAGUCUCCUGAUCUCAACCCCAUUGAAAAUCUUUGGAGGGAGUUGAAAGUCUGUGUUGCCCAGCGACAGCCCCAAAACAUCACUGCUCUAGAGGAGAUCUGCAUGGAGGAAUGGGCCAAAAUAGCAGCAACAGUGUGUGAAAACCUUGUGAAGACUUACAGAAAACGUUUGACCUGUGUCAUUGCCAACAAAGGGUAUAUAACAAAGUAUUGAGAAACGUUUGUUAUUGACCAAAUACUUAUUUUCCACCAUAAUUUGCAAAUAAAUUCAUUAAAAAUCCUACAAUGUGAUUUUCUGGAUAUUUUUUUCUCAUUUUGUCUGUCAUAGUUGACGUGUACCUAUGAUGAAAAUUACAGGCCUCUCUCAUCUUUUUAAGUGGGAGAACUUGCACAAUUGGUGGCUGACUAAAUACUUUUUUUCCCCACUGUAUAUACACGGGGGUACCGGUGCAGAGUCAAUGUGCGGGGGCACCGGCUAGUUGAGGUAGUUGAAGUAAUAUGUACAUGUGGGUAGAGUUAAAGUGACUAUGCAUAAAUAAUUAACAGAGUAGCAGCAGCGUAAAAAGAUGGGGUGGGGGGGCAGUGCAAAUAGUCCGGGUAGCCAUGAUUAGUUGUUCAGGAGUCUUAUGGCUUGGGGGUAGAAGCUGUUAAGAAGUAUUUUGGACCUAGACUUGGCACUCCGGUACCGCUUGCAGUGCGGUAGCAGAGAGAACAGUCUAUGACUAGGGUGGCUGGAAUCUUUGACAAUUUUUAGGGCCUUCCUCUGACACCGCCUGGUAUAGAGGUCCUGGAUGGCAGGAAGCUUGGCCCCAGUGAUGUACUGGACCGUACGCACUACCCUCUGUAGUGCCUUGCGGUCGGAGGCCAAGCAGUUGCCAUACCAGGCGGUGAUGCAACCAGUCAGGAUGCUCUCGAUGGUGCAGCUGUAGAAUUUUUUUGAGGAUCUGAGGACCCAUGCCGAAUCUUUUCAGUCUCCUGAGGGGGAAUAGGCUUUGUCGUGCCCUCUUCACGACUGUCUUGGUGUGUUUGGACCAUGAUAGUUCGUUGGUGAUGUGGACACCAAGGAACUUGAAGCUCUCAACCUGUUCCACUACAGCCCCGUCGAUGGGGGCGUGCUCCACUACAGCCCCAUUGUACGAUGGGGGCGUGCUCAGUCCUAUUUUUUUUCCUGUAGUCCACAAUCAUCUCCUUUGUCUUGGUCACGUUGAGGGAUAGGUUGUUAUCCUGGCACCACACGGCCAGGUCUCUGACCUCCUCCCUAUAGGCUGUCUCAUCGUUGUCGGUGAUCAGGCCUACCACUGUUGUGUCGUCGGCAAACUUAAUGAUGGUGUUGGAGUCGUGCCUGGCCAUGCAGUCAUGGGUGAACAGGGAGUACAGGAGGGGACUGAGCACGCACCCCUGAGGAGCCCCUGUGUUGAGAAUCAGUGUGGCAGAUGUGUUGUUACCUACCCUUACCACCUGGGGGCGGCCCGUCAGGAAGUCCAGGAUCCAGUUGCAGAGGGAGGUGUUUAGUCCCAGGAUCCUUAGCUUAGUGAUGAGCUUUGAGGGCACUAUGGUGUUGAAUGCUGAGCUGUAGUCAAUGAAUAGCAUUCUCACGUAGGUGUUCCUCUUGUCCAGGUGGGAAAGGGGCAGUGUGGAGUGCAAUAGAGAUUGCAUCAUCUGUGGAUCUGUUGGAGCGGUAUGGAAAUUGGAGUGGGUCUAGGGUUUCUGGGAUAAUGGUGUUGAUGUGAGCCAUGACCAGCCUUUCAAAGCACUUCAUGGCUACAGACGUCAGUGCUACGGGUCAGUAGUCAUUUAGGCAGGUUAUCUUAGUGUCCUUGGGCACGGGGACUAUGGUGGUCUGCUUGAAACAUGUUAUUACAGACUCAGUCAGGGACAUGUUGAAAAUGUCAGUGAAGACACUUGCCAGUUGGUCAGCACAUGCUCGGAGUACACGUCCUGGUAAUCCAUCUGGCCCUGCGGCCUUGUGAAUGUUGACCUGCUUAAAAGUCUUACUCACAUCGGCUACGGAGAGCGUGAUCACAUAGUCAUCCGGAACAGCUGGUGCUCUCAUGCAUGCUUCAGUGUUGCUUGCCUCGAACGAGCAUAGAAGUGGUUUAGCUCGUCUGGUAGGCUUGUGUCACUGGGAAGCUUGCGGCUGUGCUUCCCUUUGUAGUCUGUAAUAUUUUUCAAGCCCUGCCACAUCCGAAGAGCGUCAGAGCCGGUGUAGUACGAUUCAAACUUAGUCCUGUAUUGACUCUUUGCCUGUUUGAUGGUUCGUCGGAGGGCAUAGCAGGAUUUCUUAUAAGCGUCCGGGUUAGAGUCCCGCUCCUUGAAAGCGGCAGCUCUACACUUUAGCUCAGUGCGGAUGUUUCCUGUAAUCCAUGGCUUCUGGUUGGGGUAUGUACGUACGUCACUGUGGGGACGACAUCAUUGAUGCACUUAUUGAUGAAGCCAGUGACAGAUGUGGUGUACUCCUCAAUGCUAUCUGAAGAAUCCCGGAACAUGUUCCAGUCUGUGCUAGCAAAACAGUCCUGUAGUUUAGCAUCUGCGUCAUCUGACCACUUUUUUAUUAACCGAGUCACUGGUGCUUCCUGCUUUAGUUUUUGCUUAUAAGCAGGAAUCAGGAGGAUAGAGUUAUGGUCAGAUUUGCCAAAUGGAGGGCGAGGGAGAGCUUUGUAUGCGUCUCUGUGUGUGGAGUAAAGGUGGUCUAGAGUUUUUUUCCCUCUGGUUGCACAUUUAACAUGCUGGUAGAAAUUAGGUAGAACGGAUUUAAGUUUCCCUGCAUUAAAGUCCCCGGCCACUAGGAGCGCUGCCUCUGGAUGAGCGUUUUCCUGUUGACUUAUGGCCUUAUACAGCUCAUUCAGUGCAAUCUUAAUGCCAGCAUUGGUUUGUGGUGGUAAAUAGACAGCUAUGAAAAAUAUAGAUGAAAACUCUCUUGGUAAAUAGUGUGGUCUACAGCUUAUCAUAAGAUACUCUACCUCAGGCGAGCAAAACCUUGAGACUUCCUUAGUAUUUGAUUUUGUGCACCAGCUGUUGUUUACAAAUAUACACAGACCGCCACCCCUUGUCUUACCGGAGUCAGUCGGUCUAUCCUGCCGAUGUAGCGUAUAGCCCGCUAGCUGUAUGUUAUCCAUGUCGUCGUUCAGCUACGACUCGGUGAAACAUAAGAUAUUACAGUUUUUACUGUCCCGUUGGUAGGAUAACCGUAAUCUUAGGUCAUCCAAUUUAUUUUCCAAUGAUUGAAGAUUGGCUAAUAAGAUUGAUGGGAGCGGCAGUUUACUCGCUCGCCGUCGGAUCCUUACAAGGCACCCCGACCUACGUCCACGAUAUCUCUGUCUCUUCCUCAUGCGAAUGACAGGGAUUUGGGCCUUGUCGGGUGUCUGUAGGAUAUCCUUCGCGGCCGCCUCGUUGAAGAAAAAUUAUUUGUCCAAUACGGAUUGAGUAAUCGCUGUCCUGAUAUUCAGAAGCUCUUUUUGGUUAUAAGAGACGAUGGCAGAAACAUUAUGUACAAAAUAAAUUACAAAUAACGCGGAACAACUUGAUCCCUCAGUUUUAUUCCGUUAACAAAUGUAUCUGCACAGUUAUUCCUGUAAAUGUGUUUUUGUAAAAUGUUCAGUGGAAAUUGUUAAGUGGUCCUUGUGCAUGCAUAGAGUUCUAUAGUUAGUUAAACUUUGAAAUCAAUGGUUUUUGUUUGGUAUACAUUUUUCAGUGAAAGAUCUGAGUCUCAGCAUAAUUCCUUUACCACGGAAUUGCACAUAGACGUCCUCUUAUUAACCUCUUCUUUCCAGAACCAAGCUACUGUGUUUUGUAUUUUUCAAGAGCUUCCAGAAAGCCACUAUUGUUCACUUGUGCUCUCGUAUGGUAUUUUUCCUCUUUCCAGAUGGCUUCAUACUACUUGUACAAAAUAACCAGCAAGGUAUGGACUUAAAUAAACAUCACGUUCAGCUUUGCUUUCACCUUUGGUUUACCACCAGCACCUUCUGGUGCUCCCGAUAUAUGGUACAGUAUUUUCCAUAAAAAUAUUAUUUUAGUAAAUAUUGUUGAUGAACAUGGCAUAACGCCAACAAGAAUCAACGAACAAAUCACCAUGAAGAAUCCAAAACCUCUGGAUGUGUAACAAAUCUGUGCACACUGGAACUGUAUUUCAGUUUAAUUCUGUUAUCUCUUGAUUCCUCUUGCUCCCAGUAACAACCUUAAGAUGGGAGUGGGCCAACAAUAUACUUUUUCAUGUUGCGUCAUGGUUGAACAGAAACCACGAGAGACAAAAUGGUGGUCAUAUUCUUUGUGGAAAGGUGUUGACUUUGGAACUUACCGAUUCCUUCAUUUUUACUCUGUGCCGUAUUCAUGACGCUCGGAGAUGUCCCCUGUCUAGGUGCUGUAAAAUGCUGAUGGAUAUCACUGGGUUUGAAUCGUCAUGACAACUUGUGGGAAUAUUGGAAUGUAGAGAGAGUUGGAAGAAGGAAAAAUUGUCUAAGAUUGUAAUAUAAUAUGCCAUUUGGCAGACGCAAGCAACUUACAGUCAUGCUUGCAUACAUUUUUACGAACCCACUAUCCUGGCGUUGCAAGCGCCAGGCUCUACCAACUGAGCUACAGAGGACCAUGUCUAGGCUUGUCUUUAUAGGUUCAAAUGAAUCCGUUUACUUUUCCCAUGCAAAGUUGAGACUACCUUUGCCAUCAUACUAGGUUUGGUUCUUCAAUCCCCAUGUUCCGUUCUUAUGGAACAACUUGAUCCUCUUCAACUUCACUGCUGCUCCAAAGACUGACCUUUUUGCACUCAAAAGCAGUUCAUCUCCAGAAGGGACACCUAUGUCUUGUCUUCCUGCUUGGGUCUGUUCGUGAUUAAUAUUGAAAACAAAAAUGUCCUUAAGUAUUUCAAGAUGUUUUUAUAAGAAACACUGUCGGCUCCUGUUAAGUGAGACAAAUGUAAACUCUGUACAAAGCUGUUCACUAGUCUCAAUUGGAAUAGUGUUCAUUAUUUUUCAUUUACACCGGAUCUGCAUGCCCUGGUUUAGCGUACAAAUUAUGUCCGAAGCCCUAUCCGGAGCCAUCUGCAUUGAACCGUUGUCGAGCGAAAUAUUAUGAUAGAGAAAUAUCUUGUCUUCCCUUGGUAACCUCAUUCAAGUGAAGAAAAUUUCUUAGGGAAAGGAUUCACCCUUCUUAACUUACUUACAGGACUUUGUCACCACAGUAUCAUGGAUCUUAUUCACCUCUGAAGUAUGCCGAGUGUCUUCCACUGGCAUUUUUCUGACACUAGAAAUUAUAGUUCGAAGCAACCACAUUCCGCUUGCACAGUCGCUGUAUGCCACUUGGAGAUAUUUCAUCGUUUUCAAACCACCAUUUAGCAUUACAAUGCGCUAGUGAACAUAAGAGGAUGGACAAAGAGCAACGGACAAAACACAAAUUCCAAUAAUGUACUCAAUAUUUUUUUAAAGCUUUCAAAUCAAAUGAAGACACCCAGUUGCUAAGUUUGUCUCAAACCCAAACAACGGAAGUAUAGGUACUAAAUGAAAAGGGGCAGGUAAGCUACAGGUCGGAGUCGAGAUUGGAAUAAUGUAUAGUCUCACUCCCAAAUGGCCCAUCAGUGCACCUCGAGCUUUAGGUGUGGCUUCCCAUUAUAUGUAUGUGAUUCCGUCAUGGAUCCUAACCCCAUCUUUAUCUGUAGUUAUGAUAGCAAGGUUGCUGGUUACACCAACCAGUUACCCAAUGAUCCAUUGCUGAUUGACUUAACUGAACCUGUUUUUCUCGGUUGCGUCUCCCUUCAUUCCUGACAGAAAGAGGACACCCUGGUUGCUACUGGUAAGUAAUUUCAUCUUCCCUUCACUCACUGAUUGUCGACGAUGAGCUUGGACCUCGGUAAGUGGCUUGUUGCUGCCCCUUCCUUCUGGCAGGGAUAAAGGAAGUUCAGAGUUUCAAACCAGGCUCACAAGGCAAGCACUACCCUCUGUGCCAAUAGUGUUAGUGCACUUUGCAGAGAGGUUGUACGGAAGGGUUGGUACAACGUCGUUUUUGUUGAGUAAAAUUCUAUUAAACUGAGAUGCUGCGAUAUGAAGCUGCCACGAGGAGCACCAUGCAGCACCUCAGAUCAGAUGAGUGUGAUACAAGACCAUGCACAGAGUAUCACUGAGUAUCUGCUCAUGUGCACUUCAAUAGCCACAAUGUGAUAGUUGCAGGACCACAGGUACAUAGACUAAUUCUAAGCACAACUGACAUUUUACAUUCGUGUCAUUCAACAGCAGAGAAGUUUAGUCUCGUGCUCUUAGGGAAAUGUCUAAACCAUGUCCUUGGGACAUCCCAACUCUGACAUCACCCCGUUGAAAUGUAAAAGGAUUAGGGAAAGGUUUAGUAGAGCUAGGCGAUAUGGACAAAAAUCCAUAUUGUAAAAUAAUGCCUGAAUUGAUGUGACAACGAUAAAUAGAACAAGUUAAUAACGUGCACCAGUUUAUUUAUUUAUUAUCCUUUAAAGUACUACUACUAGUUUGAUGGCUGUAGCAAUCAAUUGUCCCAUUAACAAUCACCCAUAUUAGUAAACUUUCAUUUCAAACUUCACAUUUCUCUAGUAUCUUAUCGUAAUGAACGAUGUCAGCAAAAUGCUUGCGAUAAGUGAUCGGUAUGGUCGAUGUCGAUCAUCUUCGGUUUAUCAUCCCAGCUCUAGGGUUUAGGGUAGGGAUGUUCCAAGGAUCCCGGAUAGCACUAACCAUGCUUUUAGUUGUUGGGGAAAUCGGUCCUAUAUUGCUGUUUACUUUGUGCAUUGCUGACUCUACCUUCAAUCAGCGAUAAACAGUUUUGAAUAGAUCAUUGGAGAGGGGAAUAUGAAGUUCAGUACUAUAGCCUCACAUGGUAGCAGUUUCUGUGCACAUAUCUGCAAAAAAUGUGCUCUUCCCGUUUCGUGUGACGUCCACUCAUUGGUACGAGAGAAACAGAAUCUGAUUAUUUGUUACUGCAAAAAAAUAGCUGUUUUGCCAAACCAACUCUUUCUGAAAUAACAAUGGAUUAAGUCAAUGCUCACCGGUGGAUUUCAACAGGGCAUUAAACCAUAGUAUGUCUGUAGUCCACCACCUGAAACCAUUAAGACUAAAAUAAAUGUCUGUGUGUGGAAUAAAUGUCACACCAAUCAAUUGGAUCCAUAUCUGUGAACUGUGAUUUGAGUCUAAGUAAGUAUGUGGUUCUCCUAUUCUCCAUGUACUGGAAGAUGCUAGCUGAACAGAGGAAAAUAAACAUCCAAAAGGACAUUGUUGUGUGUGUUGUCUAUGCUUUAAGAAGGUGGACCUGGCAAUGGAAUUGGAAAGCCCCUCAAUCACUUUCCUCAAAAGCGUCUCUAUAGGGGGAACUCCUAAGUGCGAAUGCAGUGAAAGAUGUGGCCCACAACUGACCUGCCAGCAAUCACACAGCCCUUCCUCAACCAGACGUGAUUAGCAAAGUCCCUUGCUUAGUGCAAGUGGCUACUCGAGUUCUAUGCGUUGUCCCAUUCUCCCACCCUGUGCACUUCGGGUGAUGUGUUUCCGAGUGCAAAGCACCUUGGCUGAGGCCGCAGUCAUGUGGUCCCACAGCCCUCACACACUUGCUAAAUAAAUAAAUGGGACUCUUUGCAUUGUGCUCGUUCUUGUAACUAUCGGUAUGCACACUCAAAUGUUGCCUUAAACUGUUUCAGCUGACCUUUAGAGCAGCAGUAUUUUCCUUUAUUUGUGAACAAUGUUAAAAAGGCGAAGAAACCUAAAUGCAUAUGUCGUAUGAACUAAUAUUAACAGCAAGAGAGCUUAGCUGUACACAUGGUCACCGCUAUGAUGAUUUGCAUCACUGUUCCUCGACUGCCCUCUAUUUUCUUGCAAUCCGAAUGUCCUAAUGGACACUUCAAGAGUUCUACGUUGCACAGACUGUAAGACACUCAAGACUUAACAGUGGAUGUGUUGAGCUGUGCCUGCUAUUCUCACAACUCAGUGUCCAAAAAAAAUAAUAAUUUUGCUGAGAUAUUAGACAAACAUUUGCACGAUCCUGUCCCUGGUAAGCAUGCUUCAAUCUCUUUGAAGAGACUCAAUUCUAUCGGGCUGCAGUUAGUUCACUCCCCUUGGACCCACAGCUGCUUCUGGUUUUGCUGCAGUUGUCAGAAGUGGGAUUUCCGCCCUGUGAGGUCAUUGUGAUUUCUGUGGCUGAUUUGGGUGAAGGAACGCUGCAAGAAACACCUGAAAACACCAGUCAGCAGAAGUACCAUAAUCUCUUGGUAGUGACUCGCAUUCUGAGUGGAAUGUUUGAUUCCCUCAGCAGACCAAUCCAUCAUCUCAGUGUAUAUCUGUAACAUAUCACGCAUGGACGAUGAUAGCCAGGUUAUUCAUGCAUGUUAACCAUUUGUGAAAACAAGCACUUGAUUGCAGUUGGUUGAACUGUAGAGGGCAGUUCAUAAGCGCAGACGAAGGACCUGGAAGGAUUCUGUAUAGAGGAAUGUUCUAAGAUCCCUCCCAAUGUGUUCUCCAACUCGUAAAACAUUUUAGAAAAAGGUUCAGUGCCAUUAUCCUCGCAAGGUGAUGUAUUGAAAACAGAAAUGUCAAUUUUGACCCCUACCUUUUUGAUAAAUUAUUACUUGUUAAACAAAAUCUUUCUCUGAGCAAUUGUAUUAGUAUAAAAUAAUAUAAUUUCCCUUUUUGUUGCAUACAAUAUAGUAAUUUUUGCUCAUCUUUAUCAAGGGUGCCAAUAAUUUAGGACCCCACUGUAUGUGAAUUAUUGACUUUUCCAGUGCUAACUAAGAUUUGUACGUUUUUACAGCCGUAGUCUGUGUUGUUCAAGCACUAUUUGUCAUCUAAAGACCAUAUCAUUGAUUGUGGCAUUGAUCUCUAACUGAUGUUGUGGGUCUCACAGGACAAGCUACCAGGGAUCAUGAGGUACCACAUUUCACGGAUAUCAAACACUACUUGCGAUACCUGAAGCUUGAUGAGCCCAUCAUCGGUAACUACUGUAUUUUAAAACCAUGUCUAAUUCAACACAAAAUUCUAACUUUAAGUUGGUGCCCAAAGAGCACAUACUUGUAGAAGAGAACUGGAUCAAAAAUAGUUAAGAGACUAAUGAUAGUUAUGUUUAAAGUGUCUCUUUCUGACCAGUACGUCUUAUUUCUUCAUGUCAGGUUUGAGUGUUCUGGACGAGGUGGAUCCGGUCUCCCGUGACGGUCAGCCUGGCCCCAGAUACAUCUGCAGAAUGUGCGAUCUGGAUGCAACCUUACCCAACAUGGUCAAUCAUAUAAUUGGUCGCAAACAUCGACAGAAAUACCUGGUAAGGAGGUGAUUUACUGGCUGUUGUAGUCAAUGGUUUAUCCGUGUAAGAACCCCCAAAAAUAAUUUGACAUCAUAACCUUGACAGAAGCUGGAUGUGUCUCAUGCAUGAUCUCCUCUUUCUUGCUGGACAUUUUUAUUAAAGCCAAGCAAGGAUCAUGAUGGUCAGGAGCUUAAAUAUAGUGAUGAUUGAUGUACUUUCCUUCUUCUAGGAGGUGAAAAGGAAAGACUUGGUGACAUGGGACAGUACCAGUAUCCUGGCUCAAUCAGGGAAGGCUAUACGGGCCAAGGCGGAGAUUGUGGAAAGACAGGAUGGGCAAGGAAGUCCAAAGGUAAGUCAUGAUGACUAUAUGAUUCCCCUGGUAAGGUACCUGCUUAUUGACAACAGAGUUUACAUUUAUAUUUGUUAUUUAGCAGACGCUCUUAUCCAGAGCAACUUACAGGAGCAAUUAGGGUUAAGUGCACGUCAACAGAUUUUUCAAACUUAGUCAGCUUCGGGACUCCUUUCGGUUACUGGCCUAACGAUCUUAACCACUAGGCUACCUGCCACUGUAGGUCUACAUACUAUGUCUAUGUGCCUCUGAUAAAGAAUCAAGUAAUUGUUUAGUUUAUUUGCAAGUGUUAAUAGUGUUCUAUUUGAAAUCUUGUGAUCCUAAUCUUUGGUUUUUAUUUUAGCCUUUGAGGAAAAAACGAAAUGUGGGCAAGUUGAACAUUUCAAGAGGUAAGAUCUUUUACUUCAGAUAAUUUUUUUUGACACGUCUUCUAGUCAAAUCAGAAAUAAAUACAAAAAAAAUCUACACUAAACAUUUUCCAACCAUGAGUCAUUGAACUAGCUGUGUUUAUUCUCAACUUGUCCAGGAUCACAAACAGAAAACAUUGACAAUGUUAUUUUCCCUUUUUCAGCACCCCCGAAAGAAAGAGGGGCUCAGAAUCAGCCAAAACCAACACUUGCUCGUCCAUCAGACAUGAGGCGGGAAGGGCGCCUGCAUCCAGGGAGGAUGGAUUUGCCUUGCGGGGAGUACCACCACAGAGGAGGCCAUGCUGAAGAUGAUCUAUAUAGAUCUCCCUUCCAUGAAGACGAUCCUUACUUAUUGGCCGGUGCAGCGCGAGAGGCCUACUUGAGGGGAGGAGACCUCAGUCUGCGUGGUUUUGAGGAAGACGGGCUUCGUAGAGCAAGUGAUCAUGAAGAUGACCUUCGUAGACGGGAGUUUAUGGAGGAUGAGCUUCGUAGAAGGGACCACUACCUUGAAGAACAAAUCCAUGGUCAGGAUUAUUUGGAGGACAUGCGUAGACGAGAGUUCUUGGAGGAGGGUGAUACAAGGCCAGGCCACCCAGAGGAAAUCCCUCAUCGCCAAGCAUACCCUGAAGAACCUCCACGCAGGAGCGUCUACCUGGAGAAUGAUCCUCUCAAGCAGUUCUAUUCUGAGGAGGUUCUCCGUAGAACAGCUCAUGCUGCUGAAGCUUCUAAGGAGCGGGCCUUUCGGGAAGAUGAAUCACCACAUGGGAGGCGCUAUCCUCAUGGUCCGGCCUAUCUGGAGGAAGUUCCUCCCGAACGAGCAUAUCUGGAGGAAGUGCCUUCCGAACGAGCCUAUCCUGACAAAGCUCCUCUUUGCUUUGAACACGCCCAUGGAAGGGCAGCCCACGGACCAUCUGUUCAUGAAGACGCUUACUCAGAGGAUCACCGUAGAAGCGGAUAUCUUGAGGAGGAGGAGGUGCAACGCAGGGCGUACCCAGAGGAGGAACCGCGUGGGCCAGGCUAUCCAGAAGGCAACCCUCAUAGGCGAUCUCUCGACAGGGAUCCAAACGGCCGUGGCUACCCCAAGGGGCCAGAUAGGCAAGGAGCUGCUGACCAAGAUUUGAGGUUCACAGAUCAAAUGGCGGAACCAAUGGAGACAGGGGGUCAAAGCAGCAGGGAGCAUUUGUUUGACCUUGUCAAGGCCAUUCGUCAGGAGGGGAGGGGUCCGCAUCAUCCAGAGGCAGAGCGAGGGAUGGGACCACCAGGCAUGAGGGGGCCUCCUCAGAGGCCAGCAGAGGGCGGCAGAGUGAGAACAGAGAUCCCCGAACCUUUCCGGCGCUUCCUGGAAGGAGCCACAGAUGACCACAAGAGCCCCGGGAAACGGAAGAGAAAGAGCAGGUUCUCCGAUGCCACAGAACAGGAGCGGGACGUGGUGAAGAAAAUGUAAGUGUGAAUAAAUGCACAGGUGAAAGGUGUUUUGGUUACUAUUACGCUAAAGGUGUUCUAUAAUGAUUCUUACAAAAUCUUCUUCCCUCCAGGCAAGUUGAUGACAAUAGAAGAAGGAUUGAACCUUUUGCCAAGCCACAGGUACAUAGACUAAUUCUAAGCACAACUGACAUUAUAAUUUUUUGUCAUUCAGCAGAUUUACAGGUGCAAUUAGGGUUAAGCGCCUUGCUCAAGGGCACAUCAACAGACUUUUCGCGUAGUCUGCUCGGGAUUCGAACCAGCAACCUUUCGGUUACUGGCCCAACGCUCUUAACCACGAGGCUACCUGCUGCAACUGACAAUUGCUAAGGUUUGUUAAUGGUCUGUAAUGUCUUAUUGUGAUAUUGAGUACCUUAUUCUAAUUGUUUAGGGUGGCUAUCAGGGAGGAGCAGGCUCCAGACCGAUGGCAGAGGCAACUCCAGACACUGGGAAUGUUUUGGAUGAACUGGUAAGAUCCUAAUAAGAGAGGAGUAACACCAAUCAAAAUGCAAUACCCUUUGCACAAAGGCAACUGUCAUAGCCUUUAGUUGACUAGUGCACAUUGACGACUUUUGGGAAGAGAAACUGUAUUAUUUAACUGACCAUGUUCUUUAAUGUACUUGUUUUCUUUCUAGAAUAACAUACAGGUUGAGAAUGUGGAAGAGGCCAACUUCCUGAAGGACAAGCUGUGUAACCUUCUGAAAGAGUUCCAAGCCAAAAAAUCUGAGAAGACAGCGGUAGUGCCUGCGGUAGGUAUUGUGUUGCACAGCAUGUGUUGCGCAGUUGCUUUACGGACGUCAGUUGAUGAUGAAUGGAUAUAGGCUGAUGUGAGAAUGCAAACAUUUCAUCUUCUCUGAAACUUUUAAAAAGUUGGUUUAUGUAAGAUGGUCCUUUUCCUCAUUUCAACUGUAGUACAAAAGCCCAGGUCCAACAGUAAUUUCCAAAGACUACAAUCACAUGAGCAAGGAUCACCUGGAAAGUCCCAGAGACAACUAUGAAAGAAACUACAGAGAGGUGCAAGAGGAGAGACAUUACGAAGGCCAUCCUCCCAGACGCUCACAGGAACGCUACACUCCAGAGACCCUACAGGACCCUUACAGAGGGAAACACAGAGACAUAGACCAGAGAAUGGAGAGGAGAGCCCAAUAUGAAGGUAAACUAUAUAUGCAUGUUUAUCUCGCAACCAAAUUGCAGAAGGUCAUUACUGUCAUUUGUUUCUGUUUGUGGGGCUUUAUUACAAUAAUUCCACAACUACAUUAUCUUCCUUCUUUCAGAGGUCUUUGGGCAUGUUGACAUGUACUCACAAUCUCAUGAUCGUCCAGAGGAGCCAAUGGCAUACCCCCACGAGAGGUGGCAGGGGCCGAUGUACCCUCGUGAUUACCCACCUGCAGAGGAUCUUUACAAUCCCUUCAAUCCUGCACCCCCAACACACUGGGAGCGGGGGUAUAGGACGGGCGGCCCUCAGUCCACCAGCCUAGACAAAAUCACCUCCACCCUCCUGGAACUUGUGGCAAGGAAAAAGUGAUUUUACAGUAGAACCACCAUGUGCAAAAAUAUUUGUAUUGAUCUGAGCUCAAUUGUAUUUCUGUUGUAUUUUGCUUUUGAAAUGUUUCUUCACUUCUAUUUGCUUUGUAAUUGUUCAUGCUGAAGGCUAGUUUUAAGAUAACGUUUAAAAAAAAAAAAAGGUUUUGUAGCAAUUGUUUGACAUUAGUAAUCAGAAAACUUGCUUUGAACUGUGUAGACAUGUUGUUGAAAACUAAUUUCUUUAGAAUAAAAAAACACAGCAUUGUAACUGACAAUAAAACAUUUGUGACCACAAAUUAGUUCUGAUUCGAAAUAAAAGAAAAAUAAAUGUUCCAUAUGCAC